AUGAGGGAAAUGAUGCGCCGCAUGCUGUGUUUACUGGUUCUUAUGUUGUGCUGUGCUUCUGGAUGCGUAAUGGCUAAUCAACUUCAACCUCGCCCUCCUCCGCCUGAUUUGCGAAGUACAACUAGUGUAACUGGUGCUUACCCAGGGGUGCAUGGUGUUUUUGUUUCUCCUGAUGUUCUUCCUGGUUCUCGUGCAGUAAACCCUGGCUUGCACCCUGGGGCUGGUGUUGAUUAUACACCGUGUCCUGGCCCUCGUAAGAAUGGUGAUAAUUGUAUUCCCACCCCACCGGUGAUUCAACAGUCCAGUGAUGGUGCUCCUUCUCAUGGUGUUCCCGGAGUUGGUGUUCCUGGUGUUGGGGUUCCUGGAGUAGGUGUUCGUCCUCCAGGUGUUCCUUCUCCUGCUACUGCUGCUGACAAACUUGGGUUUCAGCCUGGUCCUGCUAUUGCUGGUGUGCCCGGCAUGAUUGGUUCACACAGUGUUGCUCUUCGUUCUACACCUGAUGCUGGUGUGGGUGGUCUGUCAGGGGUUGGUGUUCAUCUUGAGCCAGGCAAAAAUGUUGCUCCAUUCAACCCUUCUGCUACUGAGGUUGAAAGCCCUCCCUCUGAAGCCGUUUUUGAAGGUCGUAAGUUUUCCGAAGAUGCAAAGGGUGUAAGAGCUGUUCCUACAGCUCCUGGUUUUCCUGUUAAUGCUUCUGUUCGUAGUGGUGGUCCUGCCAAUUCUGGAACUCGUGAAAAACCUUUGCUCCCUGGUGUACCCGUUGAUGUUCCUUCUUUUCGGGGUGGUAACAUUAACGAAGCUACUCCUGCGGUCCCAGGUGGUGUUGCUCCUUCCCCUGCAACCCUUGGUUCUCACCCUGGUGCUGGUGCUGGUGUUCCCAAUGUUCCUUCUGGUGUUUCCCGCGAUGAACCAAAUGACCAAGGAUUUCCUGGUGUGCCUAAAGCUAUGCUUAACGUUGGUGGUGUUCCUCCUACGGAUGUUGGUUUUCCUACUGUUGCUGGCAUCCGUGGUUCUAAGAGUAAAGAACAAAAACCGAGUACUACAAACACGCAAGGAACUGGUGAUACUCAACAAGAAAAUACUGAAGCAUCUUCACCUACUAUUGAAGUGAGUGCUUCAGGAUCACCUAAUGUACAGACUUCCUCACAAACUUCAUCUUCACCUGCACAGAGUGAAUCAACGAGGGUCACUUCUAAUACACCUAUUAAGGAGAAAUUACCCGCAAUUACACCACCGAUACCUCCCUUGCCUGCAAGGAGCGAGACCAAACAACCAAAGAAGCGUAAGGCAGACAGCAGCAGUAUCAGUUCUGUGUGGGUACGUGUGCCACUACUGAUUGUGGCUGUGUUGUUCUCCGCUACUGUGUACUGA